AUGCGGGAGAGCUUUGAGGGCACCCGCAACACGCCGUUCGCACAUACUACCGACAUGGCAAGCAGUGAGAUGACCACGGACCACAUGUUGACCGUCGAAUGGACGAAGACGGACGGCUGGCUGGCGCCCUCGAUUACGCCGUACCAGAACCUCUCACUCGACCCGGCGACCAGCGUCCUCCACUACGCGUUCACGGCCUUCGAGGGCAUGAAGGCGUACAAGGACAAACACGGACAGGUGCGUCUGUUCCGGCCCGACAAAAACAUGGAGCGCUUCAACAAGUCUUGCGCGCGCAUUGCUCUGCCCACCUUCUCGCCCACCGCCUUUAUCGAAUUGAUAUCGCGCUUCGCCGCGCUCGAGGAGCGGUUCAUCCCGGACAAGCGCGGCUACUCGCUGUAUCUGCGCCCGACCAUGAUCGGCACGCAGAAGACGCUGGGCGUCGGCCCGCCCGGGUCCGCCCUGCUCUACCUGAUCGCCUCGCCCGUCGGCCCCUACUACCCCACCGGCUUCAAGGCCAUAUCGCUCGAGGCCACCGACUACGCCGUGCGCGCCUGGCCGGGCGGCGUCGGUGACAAGAAGCUCGGCGCCAACUACGCGCCGUGCAUCGUGCCGCAGCAGGAGGCGGCCAGCCGCGGCUUCCAGCAGAACCUGUGGCUCUUCGGCCCCGAGGAGUACGUCACCGAGGUCGGCACCAUGAACCUGUUCGUGGCGAUCAAGGACAAGGAGACGGGCCAGAAGGAGCUCAUCACGGCGCCGCUGGACGGCACGAUCCUCGAGGGCGUGACCCGGGACUCGAUACUGGCCCUGGCGCGCGAGAGGCUGGCGCCCGAGGGCUGGCGCAUCUCGGAGCGCAAGAUGACUAUGGGCGAGCUGCAUGAGGCCUCGCUCGACGGCCGCAUGAUGGAGGUCUUCGGCUCGGGCACUGCCGCCAUCGUCGCCCCCGUGCGCAAGAUCAGCUGGAAGGGCAACAUGGUCGACUGCGGGCUGAGCGAGCACGAGGAGUCGGGCGAGAUCGCCCUGCGGAUGAAGGGCUGGAUUGAGGCGAGACAGUACGGAGACGAGGAGAGCGAAUGGAGUCAUGUCUGCUAG